UUCACUUAAGCCAUGACGGUUCUUCCACUUUGAGUAUUUGAAGCCGUCGUUUUAAGCGCUCUCUUCCAUCACAACAGCUCUACUCCUAUUUCACCAUCACGCUGCUAUUGGAAUCUCUCAAGAUCCCCUGAAAAGCUCUUCAAUUGCUGCCACAAUUCCAGACAUGGAUGAAAGGGAAUGCGAGAAAAGCAGGCAAUCUGUCUUGGACUUCAAGUGUAAGAAGAUUCUUCCUGUCGUUGACAAAACAGCUUCUCCUUCUCCUUCCUCCCUGCAUAAACCAGGAAUGGCUGUAAAAUGGAACUUAGAAACUAGUAUUACAUCGCAGACACCAGAGAAGAUAAAUGAGCCCUUACUCUCCAAACAUAGAGAGGGAGAGGUCAACCUUCAAAAUAGAUACAACAUCAUAUUAGAGCUCUUUGAUUCUAUUAGUUGUUCAUUAAGGUUACUUGGUCUGUGUAAGAAGCCAACUACAUUUCAAAACAUUUGUACUCAAGUGGAGGUGUUGACAAAAAGAAAGUUAUCAUACAGGCACCUUGCUCAGAUAAAAUAUAUACUUCCUGAAGCCAUGAAAAUUGAUAAGAUUCUUUUACAUGAUGAGAAAACCCUUUGCAUGAAGCAAAGUCUGAAGAUCACCUUGCUGUUAGAUGUCAUUGAAGGCCAUGAUGAGCCAUCAGAUUAUGUGGCUUUGCGCCAAGUUUUUGCUUCCAGGCUUGUGGAUUUCUGUACUACAUAUCCUGAGGCUUGUGACAUUCCCGAAGCUGACUUGCCAGAGCCUUACAACAAAAAAAGUCAGACAACCACUGGGGAUAAGGCUGAUGUCAUCGCAGAGCCCAUAUUUCCUGAGACCAUUAGCCAAAGAAGUCAAGACACUGUUCCAGAUCGAUUGACUGUUGAUUCUUUGGUAGAAUCUCUACCAGCUUCUGUUGAAACUCAGCUGUUGGCAGACCCAAGGCAUCAACAUCCAAUUUUCACUCAAUAUUUCUCUCAGAAGGUUGUUACUAAAAAUGAUGCAUUUCCUCUAUCAUCUACCGCAUCUGAUGGUCCGGAUAACCAAUCAUCAACCGGUCAGCUGAAAGGUUAUCCUUCACUGAGUUUCACUGCUGAUUGUGAGACCAAACAAGACCAUAAAAGCAAUCAACCGAAAGAAACGCCUCCUACAUGUUCUGAACCAACUGUCAUCAACUCCUCUGUCCAACAAAACUACCUUCAAUGCUCUAUUCAUUCCAGUGCUCAUGAAAGCCCUCUGCAGAAAUCCGUAGCAUCUGCUGGUAGUUUAAUAAUAGAAACCCCUGCACAGUUGACACCAAAGAGAUCAAUGCCCAGUUGUGAGGACAAGCAUAAGACCAGUACCAACGAUAAUAAGAUGGCAUCUUUUAUGCCUGCAAAGAGGUCUUUAGAUUUUUCAACUGAUAAAAGCGUGUUAGAUUCUGUCAUUGAUGGGUAUGAGGACUACAAAGUUGUUCAAAGUCUCCAUUGCAAUAUUGUAAGACAGAUAACUACUGAGGAGCAGAGUACCAAAGGUCAUCAGACAGCAGUCCAUCAGGUAGAAGAGAACUUUGGUUGGCCUGCUGAGGAUUGCAAUAUGAGUCAAUCAAGUGUUAUGGUCCAGCAGACGGCUGCUAGCCUGCCUGACCUGGUUGAUCUGAUUUACAGUAUAUUCCAGUCUGUCAACUGCUCUUCGAUCACAAAAGAGGAACUUGUCCACAAGAUACUUAUGAAUAACAUCGAUAUUGUUGAUAGAAAGGAGGUUGAAGAACAGAUUGAGAUGAUUGAAAAGCUGGUUCCAGUUUGGAUUUGCAGGAAGCAGGCACCUAGUGGAGAUAUUUUGUACAACAUCAACACAGUGUUAGAUUUGAAAUCAGUCCAAGCUAAGGUUAUCAGUGCAUAAGGAGGAUGUUAAGGUGCAAUCAGGUAGUGUGACAUUGCUAAUUCAUGAGAUUACGGAGGAUUAAUUUCCCAGCAAGCACAAGAUUGAUAAUUUGUUACUACCAAAAAGGCUUUGACUUUGCAGAAUAGGGAAAUUGAUUUUUUUUAUCCAAUUUGUAAAUGGAAAUUAUCAGUUGUGUUUCUCACAUUUUUCCAGGGGCAUGAUCAUGUGAAAUGUCCUUACUCAAUUAGCUAUUUAUUAUGAAAUGAGAGAAUGAGACUUGGAAUUUUUUUUAUGAGAAAAAGGUUAUUGAUUGAGAGUUGAGA